AGUUUAACAUAAGCAGGAGGCAAGUGCAUGCAGUCACUGUACAUAUUCACUGUAGACAGUUUGGAUACAGAGACACAUCAAACAUUUGUGCAGGGACUUCAUUCAGGUUACACUCUGAAGGAUGGAAUAUAUUCUCGUUAACAACACCGCUGUGGAAGAAAACUUAGCGAUAACUGACUAUUGGUUCAAAAGAAAAGAGUAUUUUCCAGUACAUGUGGUCACAUGCAUUAUCAUUAGUAUCAGCCUUCCUUUGACCCUCAUGACCAUCUGCGCUCUGUACUCUCUGGUACGAAAGGAUCAUGUGGCUCCAAUCUACGUCAUCAACCUUCUUAUUUCCGACCUCAUUCAGCUCUGCUCCAUGAUCAUUCUGGAGACAACACAGGAUGCGAAUGUUUAUAAAACUGCAUUUUAUAUUUACUAUUCUGGUCUAGUGAUCAGUGUUGGCUUCAUGGUGUGUGUCUCGCUGGAAAGAUAUUUGGUCAUCGCCCACCCACUGUGGUACCACUUUAAACGCACCAUCAAGAACUCUGUGGUGGUCAGUGUUGUAGUCUGGCUCAUGCCUCCUGUCUAUAUCCUCACUGUGUUUCCCUGGGUUACUUUUGAUGUGACAGAAAGGAUCUUUGCUGCUUCACUCGUCAUUCCCUUUCCAUUCUUCAUAUUCUUCCUGGUUGGGACCCUCAGAGCCCUGUCUACUUGUGUCGCUGUCCCCUCUGAAGAAAAACGUCGUAUUAUUGUUAUUUUGGUCCUGGUACUGCUCAUUUACACUCUGCUGUUCCUGCCCUACAUUAUUUGGAUCCUGGUAAGGAACAGAACAUCGGAUAAUCUUCUAAAUUACAUAUGUGAGAUAUUUCCUAAACUGAGUCUGCUUGCAGACUUAAUUCUGUAUAUUUACAUUAGAAAAGAGGCUGUUGGAAUACUUGCUACCACUGUGUGCUGUUGCAAAAUGCAGAGCAGUGAUGCCAACAUCAACACUAUAGAUGUUGACAACAUUUAGACAAUAAGCUCCAUAGAGGAUCAUAGAGGACCAAAGAGGAGAAAACAGAACAAAAUGUACUUUUCUUCAGUAAGAGCUAACCUAAAACACACACCAGAGAUACAAGCUCUUUAAAGGUCACAUAUUAUUCUCCUAUUCAACAAGUUCAAAUAAGUCUGGGAGCUCCCCAAAACAUGCCAGGGAAGUGUCCCUCUAUUCCAGCCCUGCUCUGAACAGGCUGUUUCUGUGUCUGUAGCUUUAAAUAAAAAUGUUGUAUAGGUUUUAUUUUUGGGCUUUUAUCUUAGAGGUAGGACAGAGGUAGGACGGUGGAUAGAGUCAGAAAUUAGGGAGCGAGAGAGAGAAAGUGAGUAGAGUAAUGACAUGUGGAAAGGAGCCACAGGUUGGAUUCGUCCCCGGGUUGCCCGCCUGGAAGACCAAGGCCUCCAUACGUGGGGCGUGCUCACUAACCGCUAGGGUAUAGGCGCCCCACUUAGUCUAUAGCUUUCUAUAAAAAAUGAGCUGUAUUUGACCAGGACACUCUGGAAGGGCUUGGGUGGCGUGUGCUUUCUCGCACCAUGCCCUAAUGUUUAUGGUGAAGGCAGACUCAGAGGGCAGAACUAACACCUGACACCCACCUGGGGGAGGGGUUACCUUUGUGAUGUCAUGAAGGG